AUUGAUACGGCGCCUCGUUGAUGCCGGCGGAAACAGGGCCACCAACCGUUUGGAAGCCGUCGCGGGGAGGCGCGGCAUAGGACGACAGCCAUGGCGGGACUGGCGCCUUACACAUACAUACAGUGCCCCUGCUCUGACCCCUCGACCCUUGGCCGCGCCCCGGAAGCAUCGACGCCGCGCGGCUCCGAGGGUGACGGCGGCGGGGACGACGAGGACGACGAUAAGACGUUUGACCCCCGCGCCCCGCGAUCAAACUACAGCCUCUACCCUCUCGAGUAUCUGCUUUAUUGCGAGGACUGCCACCAGAUUCGCUGUCCGCGGUGUAUCGCCGAAGAGAUAGUCACCUACUUCUGUCCCAGCUGCCUCUUCGAAGUGCCCAGCAGCAACAUAAAGAGCGAGGGCACCAGAUGCACGCGUAGUUGCGUGCAGUGCCCCAUCUGCCCCGGGACACUUUCAGUGUCAGCCGAGCACUCGUCUUCGUCCAGCUCGAGCCGCCCCCCAGCCGACAACACCGCGGCGCCUAUGAACUCGUACAUCCUCACCUGCUCCUACUGCAACUGGAGCUCGCGCGAGAUCGGCAUCCACUUCGAGAAGUCUAAUAGCAUUCAUUCGCAACUGCAAAAGAUCCGCAAUGGCGGCCGCCCGCGCCUGACCCCUAAGGAACGCAGGGAACGCCGCAAAGAGUUCGCCGCGCUGGCCUCCUCCAAACCGUUAGUGGGUCCUGGCGAUACCUCGCCUCAAGACGACAAUGCGGCCUCUAAUGGCAAGAACGGCGCAGGCAGCACGGAGGAUGAGAGCGACGACAGCAACGGUCGCAUGGACGCCGAGACGCACUACGCAAACCUCAAGUCAUUUUACCAAUCCCAGCUGGCCGACACGGACCUUAGUGGCGGUCACGGCCUCCUUGGCGACCUCGGCUUCAAUUCCCCCGGCUCGUUGUCUCGUAUAAUGAACCUGUACACGGGCGGGACAAGCAUGGCCGACAAGCGCCGCAAGGCCCGCGUUGGCACCAUGCGCGAAGCCUUGGAUCCGGACGAGGGCCUGAGUGUGCUACGGACAGCAGCCCCUGACGAAACCAAGAGCAACGGUCACAACAGCAGCAGCAACGGGAAUGGUAACAGAAAGAGCAAACCAACAAGCAAGAUAGGUGACGGGCUGGACGAGAGCGAGGCCAUUGCGAGGUUGCGUAAGCUCGGCUGGGAGGGCACAACCACGGCCGAGCAGCGGUCCCGGCAAGCGCCGAACCCCGGGGCGUUCGGCCCACACGUCGCAGGGCCGUUGGUGCGGGCGCAAGACGACCUCCGCCCCGUGCCCUUUUUGCUCCGCACAAAGCGAUCCAAGCGCUGCCCCACGUGCCGCCACAUCAUGACCAAGCCGGAGUCCAAGGUCUCGUCCAACCGCUUCCGCAUCCGCCUCGUCGCGAGGAACUACAUCCCCACCAUAUUGGUCCGGUUCCUCGGUAGCGGCGGUAGCGGGAGCACCGCGGGGAUCUCCAGCAUCAGCAGCGGCGGCCUACUGGCGCCCCUGGAGCCGGUGCAGUACCUGCUCACGUUCAAGAACCCCAUCUUCGAGCCCGUGCGCGUCUCGCUCGCCACUCCGUCCACCACGCCCGGCCGUUUCGCCAGCACCGUGACGCUGCUGUGCCCCCAAUUCGAGAUCGGCGCCAACACGGACGUCUGGGACGAGGCGCUCAAGGACGGCAGCAAGGGCGACGGGCAGAAGGCCCCGCACCGCGACGCGGACGGCGGCGCUGGCGCCGGCGGUGGUGGCGCAGCUGGGGCACCCUCCCAGGCCGAGGCAGGUAAGAUCUGGGAGCGCGGCCGGAACUGGGUCAGCAUAGUGGUGGAGGUGGUGCCGGCGUCGCUGCGCCCAGAUCUGCUCGGCAUCGGCAUGCCGGCCGACAAGGUGGACCGGAGCCCGCUCAAGCCCGACGAAGACCUACUCGAAAUACCAAUGUUUGUGCGAGUCGAGUGGGAGGCCGAGCCGGCCAACGACGGUGCCGUAGGCCAGUCUGUGGGCAGGGAUAGGGACAGCAAGGAGAAGAGGGAGCUGGCCUAUUGGUGUGUCGUUGGCAUUGGACGGAUCCGACAGCAGUGAGAAGAAAAAAGGAACACAGUAUGGCACAUGUAAUAGCACGGUUGACAAGAUACCCCCCAUCGGUUUUGUUGAAUUUGUUAUUUUUUGAAUUCCCAAACCCGAAAAGGUAUCAUGAAAACACCCAGCUUGUAUUUUAGUGACAAGCUAAACUAGACGCCGAUUCCCUUUUUAGCGGUACCCCGAACUCAAUGCAAUUCAGGAGGCAAAAGAGCCGAGGUAAAAGAGCAGUCCCGUCCACAUCCCGUGGAACCCC